UUAUAUUUAGAAAUUGGUGAUCCAUUUAUCAAAUUAAAAAAAAACCGGUAACCAUUAUUACAAACCGGUUCAGGUAAACGGUUACCAUUUUUCAAUAAUCAUUUCAAAUCCCUAAUUCUCAAAUUUCAGAAUCCCUAAUUCUCAAAAAUCCAAACUUUUUUCAUCUUUUUUUUCUCUUCAUCAUUCUUCAAAUUCUAAACUCAUCAAAACCUGCAUCGUGAAACAAAGAUUGUCUGGUGUAUCUUCUACCAAAUCCCUACCCUAACCCUUUCUUCUCAAACCCUUCAACUUGCAACUCAGAAUUUAUUUUAAGUUGCAUUGGUAGGUGAAUUUUUUAUAUCUACUUUUCUUUUCCUUUCAAUUCCAUUAUUAAUUUAUUUUACUUUUUUAUCCCUCUAGAUCUGGUGUUCACGAAAUUCAUCUAUAAUUGGCUUGUUUAUUUUGUUUGAGAGGUUUAUAGGUUAAGCUUAAUGUGAUUAGGAACACAUAAAUUGUUUGGGAAAUUAACAAAGUGAUUUACAGUUUCUUUCUUUGCUGUGAAAUUGAAUUCAAGGAGAUGAUCGGAGGCUGUGGCAGGAUCAGCAGCAUAGCUUGGUAGAAGUCUGUCUUGUGUAUGUGUACAGAGAAGAGAUAGUGAUGCUUCUAGCUUUUUUGAUUUAACUCUAGCCCAGAAUCAAGAUGACUAAUGUUGGUACAACUUAUGCAACAUCCGAGAAUACAGUUUCAACCCCUCCACCUACAAUCUCUAAUGAAAUGCCACUUCCUCACACUAAGAAGCGAAGGAAUCGUUCAGAGGUUUGGAAGCAUUUCAUUGUAUCGUCGGAAGAAGAACAAAAAGCUUCGUGCAAAUACUGUGACACGAAAAUUAAGUAUAAUAAUGGAACUAGUUCCAUGCAUGCUCAUGUAUCGAGAUGCCUUGUUUACAAGAGGCAAAGGACAUUAUCUUCUACGACAAGUGUUGAAGAACAUGUUGGCUCUCCUUUAAUUGUCAAGUUUGACCAAGAAGCCAUUAGAAGAGCAAUGGUUAAGAUGUUCAUAAACAUGGAGAUUCCUUUUCGGAAGGUUGAACAUGAGUCUUUUCAUGAAUUUAUGAGUCUCGCAUCACCAAGAUUUCAGAUUUGUUCACGCACAACACUAGCGCGUGAUGUCUUGAAACUAUGGGAUAGUGAAAGAAUGAUUUUGAAAAAUUUUCUCUCUCUGAAUUGUCGAAGAGUUUGUCUCACUACUGAUAUGUGGACUUCUUCUUGUCAAAAGUUGAGUUAUAUGUGUGUGACAGCCCAUUUCAUUGACAAUAAUUGGCACUUACAUAAGAAGAUUUUAACUUUUUGUCAAGUCACAAGUCAUACAGGGGAUGCUAUUUGUGCAACAAUGGAGAUGUGCUUGAACAGUUGGGGGUUAAACCGUGUGCUUAGUUUGACAGUUGAUAAUGCUUCAUCUAAUGAUGUUGGGGUUGAGCGUCUCAAGAGAAGGCUUUUGUCUAGGAAUAGUUUAGUUAUGAGUGGAAAUCAUUUUCAUAUGCGGUGUUGUGCGCAUAUAUUGAAUUUAGUUGUGAAAGAAGGUUUGAAAGACAUUGAUGGCUCUAUUGGUAGAAUCCGUCAUGCUGUGUGAUAUGUUAGAUCUUCUCCUGCGAGGCUUGCUAAAUUCAAGGCAUGUAUUGAUGAGGAAAGCAUGGAUUAUAAAGGUUUAGUUUGGCUAGAUGUUGAGACUCGUUGGAACUCAACAUACUUGAUGUUAGUAUCCGCAUCAAAACAUGAGAGGACCUUUGAAGAAUUAAGUUUUCGAGAUAAAAAGUAUGUGAAUGAGUUGACAAAGAAGGGGAAAGGUGUUCCGACAGAAGAAGAUUGGAAGCAUAUUAACUUAAUCAUCCCAUUCUUGAAGUUAUUUUAUGAUGCUACCUUACAUAUAUCGGGGUCAUCUUAUUUGACAAGCAAUAUUUAUAUGUUUGAGAUCCUGGGUAUUGGAAAGAGCAUUGGGGAUAUGUGUGCGUCUGAAGAUGAGCAUCUACGUUCAGUAGCUCAAAAAAUGAAGAAGAAAUAUGAUAAAUAUUGGGGAAAUCAUGAGAAGCUUAACAUGUUGUUGUUGAUUGCUCUAGUAUUCGACCCUAGGCGCAAGAUUAGAUUGGUCGAUUGGAUGGUAAGGCGAUAUUAUAAUAAGGAUGAUGCUGACGCCUUGAAAGCAAAUUUAGAGUCUAGCUUGAAAUCUAUUUAUGAGGAAUAUCGUGUUGGAUUUAUGUCUCCUCAAGGUAAUUCAGAUGAGUUGCAAGUUUUUGGUGGUGUUAGUGAUCCUUAUGGAACUGCCGAGUUCUAUAUUUCAGAAGGGUGUGACAAUGCGGAUAAUGAGUUAACUACUUAUCUUGGAGAGAAGUUAGAGCAUAACAUGGAGAUAAAUGUUCUAGAGUGGUGGAAAGUGAACUCUGGCCGAUAUCCCAUCCUUUCAAACAUUGCAAGAGACAUGCUGGCUAUACCUAUAAGCACAGUGGCUUCUGAAUCUGCAUUCAGUACAGGAGAAAGGAUGCUUGAUCCAUAUCGCAGCUCAUUAACACCUACAACAGUCGAAGCGUUGAUAUGCACCCAAGAUUGGCUCAAAGGAACAUCUUCCUCUUUGAUUACAAAUGAAGAUUUUGAUAUUCUUGAGAGAUUUGAGCAAGAAUUACUUUAUACGGAAGAUGGUGCUAGUUGUUCAACCUCUUCAACUUCUGUUACACUCGAAGAUGAUUUAACGCAUUAAGUUUAUUGUAGAAGAAGCUGAUUAAUUGCUUAUGGAACUAGAAGUGAAGAGAUGAAAACAAGGAUGGAAUGAAGAGAUGAAAACAAGGAUGGAAAGCCUUUUCUCAACAUCAUCAAUUUGAUUGGAAGAUCAUUCUUCAUUUUAGAUUAACCAUGCAUACAGUGUUUUUAUAUACACAGAAAAAUUAUAAUUUAGAAUGUAAGCAAACAAUUUUCUGUUAUGUGCAAAUCACUUUUUUGUUGCUACUAACAAAUCUUUUGCUUUAAUUAGACUAACACUCAAGAGAUUCUUAUCUA